CUCUGCCUAUCGCGCUGCCACUGCUAACAUGCGCAUUGCAGCACAUUUGGUGCUACUUUUGAUGUACACUGUACACUGUACACCACGAACCGAGCGAACUAGAAAAUCUGCGGCAAAACAAUUUGUUGUUCUUUUUUGAACCUAAUUUUAAUUCAAAAACUACCGAAUCGAUCGGUAUCUGCGAAUAUACAAGUUUCGAAUGCAAUUAUGGUUGGAAAAAACUUCAAGGCCCUCUCGCAUUUCCAUCGCCUAACCGAAUACAUAGUGCAGUGCAAACAUUGUGCAAAAACACUCUCGUCUAAACACACUUCAUCGAAUCUGACGCGCCACUUAAUAAGGAACCACAAGCUACUGGCACGACAGAUUUUUGCGGGCGAAGAGGGCAAAAUGCUGGCUGAACUGAAGGACGAGCUGGAGGCGGCCUCCGCCUCCGAGGACAUGCACAUGAACAUGGACGAGGGCGAUGGGGACGGCGAUGGCGAGGGCGACUGUGAAGGCGAGACCGGCGAAGGUGAGACCAAGAAUGCAGUCCGUACGAUUAUUGGCGUUCAGCAGCAGCAAUUGGAUCGGCAGAGCCAGGAAGCGGAGAUGCGGAACAAAGUAAUUGGCAAGAACAACAAGCUGUGGGCGCACUUUGUCCGUAUAUCGGAGUUUAUGGCCAAAUGCAAGCACUGUUCAAAAACAUUAUCCUCCAAACACUCGUCGUCCAACUUGAUGCGUCACAUUGUCCGCCGCCAUCACAAUCUUUCGAAGACCUUAGACCACUCGCAUCAUCAUUUGAUGAUGCCCAAAAAGGAGAUCAUGUGCAACAUUGAGCGCAGGCAGAUGGCGGAUCCACUGGAAAAAGUCAACUUCGAUGAUGUGGAUAGCAUUAUUGAGAAGGUGACGGAUCAUUUGGAGGACGAGGUAACUUCGAUUUCGCUGCAGGAACCCUUCUACGAGUACGUCGUCGACAACACCGAGGAAGUUGGGGUUAAACAUGAUUAUCCAGAAUCUAGCGACAUGCACCACAUGGUCCAAGCUGACUCCGCCUCGCUUUCGGAGACCACCACGCAAAUGGACGAGAAGCUGAAGGCUGAGACGAUAUACUUUAAUGAGAUGGCCGAACUGGCCAGAUCCAAGCGGCGGCUAAUCGACUUGCAGACGAAGAAGCUGCUGCUUGACAUGAACGUUGUGGAAAACUAACAACAACGAGAGGGCACAUAGGCAGAAACGUUUUCUUUAAUAUAUAUUGUAGAUGAAAUGGACGGGCGAUAUGAUUAUUUAAAUAUACACAUAACAAAUUGU